AUGGCGUACCUGAUAGCACUUUGGGAAGUAAAUGACCCAGUUUUUAAAGAGAUAGAUCAUAACAACCAAGUUGAGCAACUCCAGCCAAGAAUUCUUGACAGUUUAAUCAUGCAAAUAGGAAUUCUUACGGAGCAAGGGGCUGAAGCCGAACCGAAAAGUGUUUCUGGAAGGAUCACCUUUGUCUUUGCUUUAAUAGCUGUUAUGUUUUUAUUUACUGCUUAUUCAGCUAAUAUCGUAGCCCUUUUGCAAAGCACAACUGACAGUACAAAUACCAUAGAAGGUUUAUUUGAUUCGAAAAUGGAUUUAGGUGUCCAAAAUGAUAGUUUUAUUGAGAACAUGUUCAAGUUGUCUACGGAUCCUCUGGUGAAAGUUGCAUAUGAAAAAAUAUUUACAAAAGAAAAACAAAAAUCUAUGUCUUUGGAAGAAGGUGUAGCAAAAAUUCGAAAUGGAUUUUUCGCCUUUCAAACGGAUCCUUCCUCCGCUUAUAAAGAAAUAGCUAAAACGUUUGAUGAAGGCGAAAAAUGUUCUUUGAUGGAAACUUAUCAAACUAGCCGAGAUUGGAAUUUAAAAAUCGCUUCAUACAACGCAUUUACACCAAAAAACCAGAAUGUCUUGGACAAGGAGCAAACUUUGCAAGUGCAGCUAUUCUGGAUUGCUAUGCGGCUUACAUUAUAUAUGGUAUAG